CAUUAAUUACAUUAAUAAUGUGCUUAGUGUACAGAUCUCUUUUUAGGGAUAACUGUAUUUUGGGGAAAGGUACACCAUCAUAGAUCUCACCAUAUAUCUGACCAAUGGGUGACUGAAGUUUAAUCUGAUGCCCUGCAAUCCACAGUGCGUAGAAUAUACCAUCUAGGUUUAUUUGUGUAGUCAUGUAUGCACCGCAUUCGACAUCCGUUGAAGUAUGACAGUAUGGCAAUGUUCGUCCGUAAGAAAUCAAUAAAAGGUCCAUUGCAGCCUGCAUCCACAUGUCAUUUUAUGGUCCUUUAAGUUCAGUUAGAACCAUCAUAAUGGCUGAUGCAUAUUGUGCAGAAAAAUGACAAGAGCUGCCUGAAAUUGCCAGUUCCAAUUUGCUUUGCUGACUUUAUAUCUCUUCUGCAAGUGAGGCUGUACUGGUUCUUCUAUCAGUCCACCUGGAACCAAAGGUUAUUACAGUGAACACCUUUGAAGAAGAUCUACUCUGAAUUUGACAAAGUGUUUUCUAUACAGCUGUUCUUGUAGACUGCUGCACCGUUAUCUGAAUUCAUUGGCAAGAAUAAUCUGCAGUAUGGAGCAGAUUGUUCUGCAAGACUGUCUGCACUGCAACACCAUCAAAUUGAGCGCAUCUUGGAAACGGUUCUGCACGACUCACAGAGUUUAUCUUACAUCAAUCAGCUAAGAAUUUUUGUUUUGUUUUCAGGAACGAAUAGUUGUAAAGUUAACAUGACAUUUAUUUAGUUUAAUGUGUUCCUGGUUGUGGUUGAUUCAUCAGCACUAGUUAGGGUAACUUUGUUUUCAUUACUUGAGGCAUUCAAAGCAUAACUUAGAAAUUAUUUUAUGAUUAACGACAAUGUGAGGACCUGGUCAGCUCUGACAUCUGUCCAUGCUCAGUCCGUAUUGUUCAUUAGAAAAAACAAAGCAGCAAUGCAAAGUUCAUCGACUCUACCCAUGCAUGUUGAACAAUUAGUUUUUAUAAGCUCACAAAAACUUUUAAAUAUCAGCAUUUCAACAUGCCAUGGUGGACAAACAGGCUAAUUGAGAGUAGAAGAGAUUUGAACAGGGUUUUGAUUUGCUUCUAGGCUGCUGGAAGCAUGAAAGUACAUUAGCAGUUUGUCGGCACUUAAGUGAACCCACUCCCAAUUUGCACGCUAAUGAGUCACGCAAAUGCUAUUAAAGGCCAAUUUACAGUGGCCCGAUUUGCAUCAGAGGUGUGAUGGCUAGCCGUGAUCAUUCGUUCAGUAGGACAGAUGUAGGCCAUAAUUGUCACUUCACAAUAUGUCCUCCAUAUUAAUGCUAAUUUUAGAUAUUUCCACAAGUAUCCCAUGAAAUUCUACUACAAAGUUAAGCUUUCUUUCUAAAAAAGACUAUAAGAAGCCUAUGGCAGGCAGCCUCCUUCUUCCAAACUGUGAUGAUAUUAUUGUGAGCAAGCCAAAAAAAAAAAAAAAAGGCUAAUCAACAUUAUAGAUGAAAUGUGUUUUGUAAUGAUGACGAAGUGUUUGACUGCACUGCCCUAUGGGAGAUCGCAGCAGGAGGCCGUAAAAAGCACACUGCAGAUUAAUGCUUCCCUACUGCUGACAGAUCCUCCAUGGCCUGCUGAGCAGCUGCUUGUAGCUGCUUUAAAGCCUGAAGCUUAAUGUUUCACCUCUAAGCCGGAUUUAAACAAUGCAAGGAGACCUCACCCCCAAAAGGGGAAUAUAACUCAUAUUAUCUCACUAAUGACACUUACACUAGCUACGUGCCAGAGUAAAGUCUCUGCACUGACAAAUGUCUGUAUUUUGAGGCAGUUUUUCAGAACUGGAGUGCUUGUUGAUUUUAAGGUGGAUGAAAGGUUUUUAGGGCAUGUCAUGAGCUCAUUCUGUUGCCAGGUAACCAACUGUGUAGUAUAAUAUUAUGCAAAUAACAUCUGUUUUAUUUUGAGUCAAGGUUUGUUUUGCUUCUGUUCUGAUAUUAAUAACCCUUUGCAAAUCAUUUCACAAAAAAGGGUUGUUCUCAACUCUCUGUGGGGUCCCGGGACACAACUACCCAAUCAGCAGCUGAGAGCUUUGUUGUCUUGGAUUUUGACUGGUCUGUUAAGGUGGUCAUGGUAAUGUCCUGAUUUCAGUAGUUUGGAUUGUCCUCAGUAUGAAGCGGCAGCUAGCCUUUCCACUGAGAGGUCUUGUUGAUAUUCUGCAUGCCGGUGGAUGAAUAAGAAUCAAGAUGGGCUUUUCUGGCAAAGGCUUUCCAAUGGAUGGGAAUGGAGACUGGCCCUCCAAAAAAAUCAGGAAACACAGAAGUCAGUCCCCUUUUCGUGAUGUUUCACCUGUACCAUCGCAUUUCUCAGAACCGGCCUCAUUCCUGCAACACAGGGAUGUAAUUGCCAGCCUUCCGUGUCUCCCUGGCGUAAAGGGGCCACUCAGGGAUGAAGAUGAUGACGAUGAUGUUCGGAGUCAUAAGAGCUUGCCAGCGGUAAUGACUGGACUAACCCUCCAACCCAGAGACAAGAGGUCAUACAGACAUUCUAAGAAUCACAACAUAUCCGGUUUACCCCCUCUCAUAAGUGCCAGGUGCAGUUUGAUUGUAAAAGGCACUGGAUUCAAAACUGUCCCCAAACUCCCACCAAUCACCAAAUCCAGGAGUACUUGGAAGGAAACAGACCCCCCAAGACCACCUUGUAGGUCUGGAUGCAGGCCGGACAAAAUGGAAUUCAGUUCAGCUAAACCUGUUCAUGCAUUGAUGCAUCCAAAAAUUGUACCUGUCGGGCAGACGUCUCUCUCUUUCAAGGUGCAUAGCGUUCAAGGAAAUGGGCCCUGCUUGCUUCCUGCCAAAGCCUCUGGAGUGUCCCCGAGAUCUCGACUCACUUUCCAAAGUCCUGUAGUGCAGGCAGUGUACCCUAUCAGUCCUGACACCAUGCAACAGAUGAGGCAGACUGACAGAGCGUGCCAGCCCCUGAGGUCUGUGCUGAAAAAAGCACCAAACGGAGGAGUAUUUGACUGCCCACUGGCAGCCCACCUGCUGGAGCCAUUUUCUGGGUUCCAGGAGCAUCUGUGCCGCCAGAUCCUACACUCUCCACUGCCUUAUCGUGCAGCUCUGCCACAGGUCCACUUUCCUUGUCUCCAGGACCAGGUUGUUCUGUUGCCUGCACACAGGGCCUUGUACGAUUCCCUGAUGGAACGCACCGUGGAGCUGUGCAACUCCCAAGGACAGAAGCUUCCCAAAAUCACCAUGACUUGCCCGACGCCUUCUCCAAAACACCUGUGCCGCACAGAAUUUCGGCAUGCGGCUUAAAGGAACAACCAAGAUGGCUGCCGAGUAAUCUAACAUGAUUAAUUGGACUUUAGUGCUGCGCGGUGCAGUUCAAAGUUAAUAUUGAUCUGUGCACAAAGGAUUACAAAACGAUCACCAAGACCACCAAUUCAUUUUGUUCAGAGAAAAUAAAGCCAAAACAGACAUUUGUGCAAUCACUUGGCACUUUUCCUGAUUGCUCCGCGAUUAUUGGACUCACGGUCAUAAUGUUCUCCUGUGCACGACUCAAGUUAUUGCUGUAUAACCAUUCAUCUUUCAUCUGGUUGCCAUGGAAGCCCUAAGGAUCAUUAAACUGUCAGAAUUGGACCCUGGGGGCUGCACUGUUCCACAGGUACAGGAAGUGCCUCUGAGGAGCAUUAUAAAGUCAUGCCGUACAAUUUCCUGGGUGUUAAGCUCCCGGGGUAGGAAUCAUAAGUCUGUCUUACUGAGGAGGAAUGCAAUAAUGGCCUUUCUUUUUAAAAUCAAUACAAUUUUCUCAGUUGAGAAGAAUCUAAGGUGUAAUAGGGGCCAAGGGCAAUUUUUAAAGUUUCCAUCAUAGCCUACUACAGAUGUAUCCCCCAUCUUUUGGUAUAAGAAUGUGUAUUUGUGUGCAUAUGUGCAUGUGUAUUUGCUAGAAGUAACUGUACCAUUAAUAGACCUAUGAUAGAGUAAUAUUGACUUAUUCGAAGAAGUCACCCUCAUUACAUCACCUAUUGUAGCAGUGGUUGGGGAUUAUUGCAGCAUUUGAAAAUGAACAACCUCCAGUACUGGUUCCUAAUUUUUAAGGUAAUCUUUUAGGAGCAGAAUGUGUUUAAAGCAAUAUAAUACAUUACAGUUACAUUAUAAAAUGAAUUAUUUUACAUUGAUUAGUUGAUUUUCAGGUGAUUCAUGUUCAUUGCACAUUUGAUCUGAAUUUUAAUUCAGUUAUUUUUAUGUUAAAACCGUUACUAUUGCUCCCAACCUCGUGGCCAUGAGGAAAUCUUCUAGAGAUAGAAAGCAAUCAGUUUGUUUUGAAGAUUUCUUGGCAGUGAAUUGAUUUGACUCUUUCUAAGGCUUGAAGAGAAUUUAACUGAGGAUAUGCUGAAUAUGUGUCACUGCUUCAGUGAAUUUAGGAUCUAAAGACAUUUUGUGUUUUACAAUUGCUCUUGCCCCAAACCUUCAAUUAUUUAGCAUGUAAAGCUGCCAUGUCAUUUAAAAGCCAGUUAUAACCAGAACGCUUUAUAAUAUUAUAUUUUUCAUGUUUUACCUUUAUUUAAACUAAUACUGUUGAGGAGGAGAGUGUUAUUGAUUUCUAAUGAUUAAAGGGAUAUGGGAACUUGUUCACAUUAUUGCUAAACUUAAAACAAUGGUCCAAUGACCAGCUUCAGUUUCUGACCCAGCACUGUGUUGUCAUGCAGAAAUAAAGCACAUAUUUAAGUUCAUUUAAAAA